AUAUUAAAAUAAAGAAAUGGGGAAGGUAAAUCUAACAUCCAACAGAAGAAGAAAAAACACCACGCGAUCGUUUAAUGGUGCGUGCAUUGUUAUUACAUUGUUAUUACAUUGUUAUUAUUUAUGAACAGAAUAAAAAAUAAAAAAAUCGCGCUCAAAAUGUGACGAACACUCCCACUUUUUUUUUCUCCGGUUUAACCGCUACAUUCACAUCACGUGGUAGACGCCGCUGCACGGAGACAGACGACAACAGCCGCUGAAAUAGCAGAUUGAAGGAAGAUAGUCUCUUGGUAGGGUUGAGGGAUAUUAACGAAGGAAAUGGGAGUAGAAAUUGAGACAAUAACCCCGGGCGAUGGAAGGACCUUCCCUAAAAAAGGACAGACGUGCGUGGUGCAUUAUGUUGGCUCUCUGACGGAUGGACGCAAGUUUGACUCCUCCCGUGACAGGGACAAGCCCUUCAGGUUUAAAAUAGGAAAACAGGAAGUGAUCCGUGGCUGGGAAGAGGGAGUUGUGCAGAUGAGUGUCGGUCAGAGAGCCAAGCUGACCUGCUCGCCUGACUUUGCCUACGGAGCAAAAGGCCACCCGGGGAUCAUUCCACCCAACGCCACCCUCAUCUUUGAUGUUGAGCUACUGAGCCUUGAAUGAAGAUUAUUAUUAUUUUUUUGCUCCUUUCUACCUAGGAAACAUGUAGAAAGGCUAAGAAAGUCUGUACUUGAUUCUAUAAGAGACCUGAGUCUAUAAUUCCACCACUUUGGUCAUUAUUUUAUCCAUAUAUACAAAAUCUGCGUUAUCAAUGACUCAGUUAUUUUGUUUUUCUUUAAAAACCUAUGGGCCAUAACCUUAAAACCUUACAAACCUUGAUGUUUUUAAAUCUUGAAUUUUUAAAUUGUGCUUUACUUUGUUUUGUGAAAUUAUUGGUUGUGCAUGGUUAUAUGAGUAAUGCAAAAUACCAAUGAAAUAUUAGCAGCGACAUUCAUCUCUUUUCAAGAGAACCUAUUAGCAACAUAGAGGGCUGGUGCUUGACGUGAAGCCUACCCGACGAACAAAACUAAGAGAAUAUGAAAAGUACAUGUUUGCAUCCAUACCUCUCCCAGCUGAAAGUAGAACAAAUAUGAAUAGAUUUUUUUUUAGAGUUGUAGGGCUUAGUGUAAUGUUGAGAGGCAUAAGUGUAGUAAAAUAUUGAGUCAUGGGAUGUCUUAAUGGUAUAAAACAGGAACAUUGUUUUGAUAUGUUGUAUUUACCCAGACUAAAUAGUGAUGUUUUCUUUCAUUUUGAUUAACUUUAUUAGGCGCUAGUGAGCAUUCUGCACAGAGAAACCAGUACAGAAGAGAAUGGUUGUAUCAUAUUGCGUGUCUCUCAUUACGAGACGAUAUGCAACCAAUUAGCCGGUUCUGCAUGUCCUACAUAAUGAUAUCCUGAUCUAUACGUGUCAAAGCUUUGCAUUUUUAUAUUUUUGGUUGUUGUUGUUGUAGCUUAUGUUUUUUUCCAAGUCAAAUCUUUAACCCUGUUGAAAGCCAUACAUCUGUUAUUAACAGUGAUGGGAACCAUAUUGUAUACGUACAUUAAUUGGAGUAGUGAUGAUUUUGAAAAGGGGGUUGAGGAAUCGAUUCAAUUGUGACCUCCCCCACCUUAUUUUGUCUCACAACUUGACAUUAUAUAUUUUUCAGAUGCCAUCUUUCUAAAAUAUGUGUAUGCGACCAAUACAAUUUGACUUGAUAACUAAGAAUGACUUCUACUUUGACCUGUAAUUGAAUGGUAAAUCUUUUUUUGGUCAGCGUCAUUAGACUGACUCCACACUGCCUAAAUAAAAAUGCUGUGUUGUGGUAGUCAGGUGACGGAGACAUCCAUGUUUUGUAUCACAUUUAAAAGUCUGUUGAAAUAGAGUUAAAUCUAAUGCAUAUAGAACAUGUUCAGAUGCUGGCCAUCAUUGCUCUUGAUGUUACAGCUGUCUAGGCGCAUGGCACAAAUGCAGUCCUAUGUACUGUGUAUUUGUGUGCUGAGUUACAUACGCAGGCACAACCAAUAAAUGUUUUGCAGUUGCAAUAAAGUGCUCUCUACCUG